AUGGCGACCUUAACGAACCUUCCAUACGAUAUCAAACACUGCAUUCUUCGCCGAGUCGACGAGCGGGGUGCCCUUCUUAUGCUCAUAUCCACCUCAAGGGCAUUCUACAACAUCUUUACGCGACACAAAGAGGGUAUUCUACACAACCUCUAUCUCUCUGAAGCUCUGAGUUACAGCCCAGAUUCAAUAGUUUUCACAUAUUGUCGACGGAAGGUACCCACAAUCGGUGAUUUUACGACACUAUCUGAAAUAUUACAAGGAUAUCAAUUAGUUGGUCAAAGAGGGCUGCCAACCAGUUUUCUCGAAUCUAAAAAUGGAGAAUAUAAUCCCCGACGGCAAGCUCAACAGUUAGUAAAUGAUUACCUUGGGAUUCGAAAGAUAGCUUUGGCACAUCAAUAUGCUGUUAGGGCGGCGCGAAGGGAACCCGAUCUAACGGCUUCGGAGCUUCACCGAAUCACGCAAGCUAUAUACCGCGGAUGGAGUUUACUUCUUUUACUCAACAAGGGGCUAGAUUUGGAAUUGGAAUUGAGAGUAGCGAGUUCACCCUCUCAUAUGGACAUGGUAGAACCUAGUGGUGAAGCCGACCGUUUCGACAUCCAGAUCGAAAAACUAAUUGCCACCUGGGAUAUUUGGGACGUUCUGAGGAUACAGUCGGUUAUGGGAGAGAACAUUAGGAUUCUGCCGACUGGUCAAAUAAACGCGAACGACUCUGGCGCAUUCAAUCAGUUUGAGGCGGAUAUUGAGAAAUCAGGUUUAAAGGAUAUAGUGGAGAGGUGUUCGCAAGAUGAGAAGGUAGUCUUGGUUUUCCCGAUAUACUCUAUGGGUAGGGACACCUAUUGGAAACAAAUAUGGACUACUCGACUAGGCAAAUCGGAAGCAUGA